AUGAAAAUCAACUUGACCGACAUCCCGGAUCCGGGCGGUCGAUACGAGUUGGGCGAUCUGCUGGGGUACGGAGUGUACGGAAAAGUCUAUUCCGCAGUGGAUAAUCAAGCGAGCAAGAAGAAAGUCGCCGUGAAAUGCCAGAAAUACCAGACCGGCUCGAAAGAGUUCGUCGAGGAGGAGUACAGGAUAUUGAGGGAUUUCAGCAAUCACGCGAACGUGGUCGAUUUCUACGGCAUAUUCAAGAAGAACAACGAAAUUUGGUUCGUCUUGGAGCCAUGCGACGGGGGUUCAGUCAUCGACUUGGUCAAGCGCUUGUUCGCGAAAAAUCGAAGGAUGGUCGAGGAGCACAUUGCUUAUGUCAUCAAAGAGACACUCCGGGGGUUGAUACACCUUCACGAAAACAAGAUCGUCCAUCGCGAUGUCAAAGGCAGUAACAUACUUCUGACCAAAGAGGGAGAAAUAAAACUUAGCGAUUUCGGCCUUUCCAAAAUUCGAAGUAGCAGUGACGAGCGUAUGUCCGUGAUUUUGGGAUCGCCCAGCUGGAUGGCUCCAGAGCUGGUCAAUAUCGGAUCCAAUCAGAAUGAAUUGGGCUAUAAUGAUAAGGUUGAUGUUUGGUCACUUGGAAUAACAGCAAUAGAAUUAGGUGAUGGAAAGGCGCCUUUCCAAGACAUGCAUCCUUCCAGAACUUUGUUUCAGAUAGUGGCCAAUCCACCUCCAGCUUUGCAAAAAAUAUCCAACUGGACAGAAAAUUUUCAUGAUUUCAUUAGCGAAUGCCUAGUCAAAGAUCAUGAGUAUCGCCCGUGCGUUAUGGAACUAAUCGAGCACCCGUUUCUAUCCGAAAUCCCCGACAACAAUUACCAUCUAACAAUAGAAUUAAAAAGUCUAAUCAAUGACCUGUGCGUGGGAAAACCGGGCUCAAGGAAACCCGAUGUUGUCGUGCAUGGGAAAUUUUUAAAACGGGACAUCGAUGGCGACAUGGAGCCGAUUUACGAAGAGGACUUGGCCGCAAUUCACCCCGUUACCGAGCGGGACAUCUUGGAAAUCCUCGAAAGGCGCAUGGAAACGGGCGAAAUUUACGUUUACAUUGGCGAUAUUUUGCUUAGUUUGAAUCCAAACGAGCGAAAAUCAAUUUACGGGAACGAGUUCCAUCAAAAGUACCAAUUCAAGUCAAGAUCAGAUAAUCCACCGCAUAUCUAUGCUAUAGCUGAUAAUGCUUACCAGAACGCCCUUCACCACAAAAUGGUCCAGCAAAUAGUGUUGUCUGGAGAAUCGGGAUCUGGCAAAACGACGAAUUAUCUCCACUUAGUGGACCAUCUCCUGUACCUCGGCGAGAACACCAGCGUAAGCUCGACGAGGAUACAAAAUACAAUAAAGCUAAUCCACUCAUUCAUGCACGCCACCACACCUUCCAACAUCUACUCCACGAGGUCUGUUUUCAAGACCGAAUUAAACUACGGAAAAACCGGCAAAAUCAGCGGCGCCAGCUUCAAAGUUCACUGCAUAGAAAAAUCUAGAAUAUCCCUAACAGAACCAUCCCAAAGCAACUUCCACAUUUUCUACUACAUAUACGACGGUCUGGUAGCCUCCUCUUCACACGAAAAGUACUACCUGAAAUCCCACAGGAACUACUCUUACCUCAAAACCUCGAACAAACUACCGGCAACCUCGCCCAAAGACGACAUCGACGCCAACAGGGCCAAACACAAGAAAAUCUGCAGCUACUUGGAGGAGCUGCAGUUUUCCGAGGAAGAGACAUCGACCAUACACGCCGUGAUAGCGGCGAUUUUGCACUUGGGCGAAGUGGCUUUCGAGGAAAGCGAGGAAAUGUACGCGGUGUUGCAAGGCAAGGAAGAGGCAAAGAAUUUCGCGAAGCUCUUGGAGAUCGACGAGAAGAAGAUUUGCUGGACGUUGACGAAUUACUGCGCUGUGAAGGGAGGUAACGCUUAUAAAGUCAAGCAAUCCUACGAUGAGGCUAAAGAGGCUAGAGAUGUACUAGCCAACACUUUAUAUGCCAGAUUAGUGGAUUAUGUAGUCGGAACUAUCAACAACAAAUUAUCCUUUGGCAAAGCUAUUUUUGGUAAUAGUUACGCUAUAAAGGUGUUGGACUUUUUCGGCUUCGAAUGUUUCAAACAAAACGGAUUUUCUCAAUUGAUUGUUAACACAUUCAACGAACAAUUGCAUUACCAUUUCCUACAGAGAGUAUUCGCUUGGGAACUUCAAGAUCUUCAAGAUGAAAAUAUCGAAUUUAUUCCGGUAUCGUAUUAUAGUAACAAAGAUACAUUAAACGAAAUACUGGGAACCCCCGAAGGGCUGUUUUCGGUACUGGAUGACGCAUCUAAAAAAGGCCACGGUGGUUGUUACGUAGCAGAUAACCUGUACAAUGAUGAUAAAAAGAAAAUAAUGAUUUACGAUGAAGGCGCUUUCACCGUUAUGCAUUAUACGGGAAAAGUGACCUACAGUUGCAAAAGCAUGCCUGAAAAAAAUAGAGAUUACCUCGCGCCUGAAAUAAUCGAAACAUUAAGAGGCUCCAAGAAUCCCAUUAUAUCCACGAUGUUUACAGCAAAAUUGGACCGCACGGGAAACUUAAUAAUGGCCCCAGAAGAAUUAAGAAAAACAAAAUACGGAUUCCAAUCAAAGGUCCUUACCGAACAACGGCAGUAUUCCCAAAUCAAAAGGAUGCGCACCCAGUCGGCUGUGUUCAGGUCCUUGUGCAUUGAGCUGCUCAAAGAGCUCUCUGUGGGCUCCAGCGCGGGCGGCACCCAUUUCGUCAGGUGCGUCAGGACUGAUCUCAAAGGGGUUCCCAGGAAUUUCAAGAGAGAGCUCGUCAAGCACCAGCUAAGAGCCAUGGCGGUCAAGGAAACGGCCAAAAUCAGGCAAAGGGGCUUUUCGCAGAGAAUAUCCUUCUCGGAGUUUUUGAGACGGUACAAAUUUCUGGCUUUCGAUUUCGACGAAAACGUCGAUGUAACCAAAGACAACUGCAGGCUCCUCAUGAUCCGAUUGAAAAUCGAGGGCUGGGCGUUGGGAAAAUCCAAAAUAUUUUUGAAGUAUUACAACGAGGAAUACCUAUCCAGAUUGUACGAAACCCAAGUUAAAAAAAUCGUCAAAAUUCAAAGCAUAUUGAGAGGCUUCUUGGUGAAGUGCAGAAUGGCGAAGAAAGUGAAACAAGAACAAAGAGCUUGCGUCGGUCAAUUAAAAACCAGACGAAGAAGCAGCGUCCUAACGGAAGACGAAGCGGCCGAAAUCAUCCAAAAGGCUUACAGAAACGCUGCAAAACGUAAAGACGUUCUAGAAUUAUAUAGUCAAUUAAAUGAAAAGGAUAAGAAUUUUAUCAGGCCGUUCGCCAAGAAAUGGAGGACGAAGAGCUUGUUUUCGGUAUUAAUGCGUUAUAGGGGAAAGAGGAUUCAAGAUUUCUUCAAUUUGUCUCAACAAGUGCACCUCUACAACAUGGAUGCUUACCAUAAACUCCUUCAGACUCAAGAUGGUAUUAAUCUCGACCAAGUUGACAAAAAAGCCCAAAUCAGCACCUAUCUUAACAACGUGAACAAUUCAGUGUUAAAACUGUACUUUCGCCUAGAAGAUAUUCCUUUCUACAACACUACUCACAUGUCUAACUUGCUGACUAAUAUUGGCGAAAUAACCACAGCCCAAGAAUCCUGGGAUAGCCCGUACAAAUGGCGGGAAUCCAGAUCGCAAACCAAAGAAGAAUCCACUGACGAUGACAUGGAAACCAACGAAGCUCUAUCGAAUCUAAAGUAUAGCAGGGAACCAGACGAAGACGUCCCGACGCUUGCGAGCCCAGCGGAAUCUGAAGAUGGUAAAGACAUGAAAGACAACAUCAACGAAACGACGAGAACAAAAAUAAACAAAUUAGACGGCAUCAAAGGUUUCGAGGAGAGGAACACCGUGCAAAACAACCGGUUCAACGUAAACCUGCGAAAAGUCGAUUGCUCCAGCAAGACCAAAACCUCGACGGUGAACUUCACCAUGAACUCGUCGCCGGCUAAUAAGGAUUUCGACUAUAUCAAACCGAAAUCCACGCAAGUUAAACCGAAAUACACCGCCAGUCCCGUCGAGGAGCUCAGGAACAUCGCGAGGAGAGACAGCAACGCCUCCGACGACGAUCCCCCCUUCAAUUUCCAAGGGAUGCUCAGGAAGACCAACUUCAGGAGGGAAUCGCUCAAAAACGCCGUUCAAACUGUGCGAAAGUUGUCCCUUAAAGACCACGAGAACAACAUCAUCAACAAGUUGUCGAACGGUCACUUGGACAACGAAGCUGUGAAUGGGAAGCACUGUUCUAUAGAGAUUUUGCCAGGGCUUGUCAUGGAAGGGGUCGAAAUUGAGCUUUAA